AUGGGCUCUGGCGGCUCAUCUCAGGCAGCCAAACGUGCUGUGUCAGCAAAUACUGCUGAGGCGGACCAAACAGAAGGAUGUCGGAGUGGCAUUAUGCCGACCGCCCAGGAGCACACCAGCCCGGAAGUCCACAGCAAGCUGUACGACGAAAUCAUGAGUUCCAUCCAGCUGGUCUUCGGGCACUUCAGCGAUGGAGUUCGAGGACUUCCGGCGGAACGCCUCGGGCAGGCCAUGCGGAUCCUGGGGAUGAACCCCACGGAGGAUCAGGUCUACAAACACUUGGCAGAUCUUGGUCGCCCAUACAUCGACCAAGCGACGUUUCACCGUUUCAUCCAGGACGAAUUGACAAAGUAUCUCGAACAGGUUCAGGCUGUGGUUGACUAUUUGAAGCAAUAUGAUACGGACAACAAGGGCGCCUUGUCCACUGAAGAAGUUCAAGCAGCGAUCAGAGGAAGUGAGCUGAGCCAGAAGAAGCUCCAGGCUUGCUGGGGAAUCAGAACUUGCAGUAAAGGUCAGCUGGAUAUUGUGGAGCUGGCAACGUGUUUUCUGGAGCUGAGUGAUGAGACGGAAAUGCUUGAGCCAUCGGAGGCAGAGAAAGAGAGAGCAUCUGCGAGUGAAGCAGAUAGCAAAGCAGUCGAAAUUCAGGUGGUCAAAGAUGAUGUAUCAGCUGAUGCCGAGGCACAUGCGGGAGCUGGGGUUCCUUCUUUUGGUGGAAGACAGGAGAGCGCCAGUGGCCCUGCAGCUUACAGCACGAUGUUCAGCGAUGUCAUCGCUUCCACGAACGCGGUCUUCAGAUAUUUCUCCCAGCCUUCUGGAGUUCCCACGGAACGACUUGGACAUGCCAUGGCUAUUCUUGGGAUGAACCCCACGGAAGAUGAGGUCAAAAAGCAUUUGGCAGGUCUCGGAGGUCCAAAAUACAUUGACCAAAAGAUGUUUCACCGUUUCAUAGAGGAGGAAUUGGGAAAGCUGAUUCCGAAAGUUCAGGAAUUGCUCGACUAUCUAAAGCAGUUCGACACGGACGGUAAAGGCGCAUUGUCAGAGGAAGAGCUGCAAGAAGUGAUGAGAGGAAGUGAGCUGAACCAGGACAAAGUCCAGGCCAGGUGGGAGCUGCACGAUGGAAUUUGGAGGAUUUGGAGGUUGUCAUUCUUUAAAGUUUGUCACGAAACUGCAAAGCCAAUCCGUUUAGACACGGCUUUACCACCUGUCUUUCAAUAG